AUGUCGACUGAUCUCUGCCCUGUCUAUGCUCCCUUCUUUGGCGCCAUGGGUUGUACGGCUGCCAUUGUCUUUUCCUGCUUCGGCGCAGCUUACGGCACCGCCAAGUCUGGCGUUGGUAUCUCUGCGAUGGGUGUCCUCAGACCUGACUUGAUUAUGAAGUGUGUGGUGCCUGUUGUCAUGGCUGGUAUUAUUGCCAUUUAUGGACUCGUGGUGUCUGUGCUCGUGUCGGAUGGUCUUGCUCAGCAACAAGCUCUGUACACGGGCUUCAUUCAGCUGGGUGCAGGUCUGUCUGUGGGUCUUGCUGGUCUUGCAGCUGGAUUUGCGAUUGGCAUUGUUGGUGAUGCCGGUGUGCGCGGUGUUGCCCAGCAGCCGCGUCUCUUUGUGGGUAUGAUUCUCAUCCUCAUCUUCAGCGAGGUGCUUGGUCUGUACAUUCUGAUUGUGGCUCUCUUGCUCAACACGAAGGCCACCGAGGGCGUGACGUGCUGA